CGCGGCGCACCGACCAGUCGUGCCGCCGCGUCCAAAGCCGUCGCAACUUUGCUUCCGCGUCCGUCAGACCCGCGCGAAAUCGCCGUCAUCGCCACCGCCGGCGUCGCCGUUGUAAUUUUUUCUUCCCCGCCAGAAAACCGAAAUUUUCCUUCGACACUGUUAACUUAUUGGAUUGGGAAGAAUCUGAAAAUAUGAUGUCCAUGAGCAAUUGUUGGUGUUUGUGAUCAUCCUUGGUCCUAUAUAAUUGUUUCCCGUGUAUUCGUGUGCAUUGUACUUCAAAUUCAAUGGGAAACGCGGGAACGACCAGAAGAGGGUCGAUAUUCUCCAAGCAGGACUCUACGGGUGAUGAUGGUUCAACACGACACAACAAGCGACUUUCAAGCAGACAAAAUACUUUUCUGGAAGAAGAAGAGUUUCCGCCAGAAUCACCGGUUUUGCCUCCGCCAGAACCACUGACUAUGCGACAGAAAGAGUUGCUCACUGAAAUGUGGAAAUUGUUAGAGGAGGACAUCGCAAAAGUCGGGGUCAUUACAUUCGUAAGCCUCUUUGAGACACAUCCCGACGUUCAACAAUCCUUUAUGCCAUUCAGAGGAGUUGAUCUAGAAGACCUGAAACACAGCAGACAACUGAGAGAUCAUGCGUUAAGAGUUAUGGCAUUCGUACAAAAAGCUGUCGCACGUCUUUACGAACCCGAUAAACUGGAAACUCUAUUAAGAGACUUGGGCAAGAAGCACUAUCAUUAUGGCGCCAAACAAAAAUACGUAGACUUGAUUGGACCUCAAUUCAUUAUGGCCAUACAGCCGUCGCUAGUCGACCGAUGGACUGAGGAGAUGCACUCGGCGUGGACAGCAUUGUUUUUGAACAUGGCGUACAUUAUGAAAGGUUCGAUGGCGGCCGAAGAAAGGUUCAAAGUAAAGAAAACUGCCACUUAAAUGACCAGUCCCUAUUUGUACACACCAAUGAUUAUUAUUUUUGUUUUAUGAAUUAAUGUUUUUGUUCUAUUUUUAUUUUAUAACGAUACAACGUUUAUCUAUUCAAUACUAUUGAACUUAGACAAAAUUAUUAUUAUUAUUAUUAUUAUUAUUAUUAUUCGCAACGUAAGUUUCGUUAGACAUUUAUAUUACAUUAUAUUAAUAUUAUAUUAUAGAAAUCGCACGAUAUUUUCUUCAUUAAAGUCAAUAUCCUAUACAUAACAUCGGCAUUGUUUGUACAGCAAAUAAUAGUUAAAUUAAAAUAUACAUAAUAGUUAUGAUAAUAAUAUUGUAAUGAUGUAGGUAUUAUUGCAUUAAUGUGAACGGUUAUAACCAUGUUAUUAUACUGCUUGGACUUAAAAUAAAAACAACAUGAUAUGAAUGGCGUUUAAAUACUGAAAUAUGAGUUAUACUUUUUAAU